CAAAGCCAUUUCGCUCUUUGUGGGAGAACAUAACUCGUACAGAGAGGGAGAGAGAGAGAGAGGACUAGAGAGUGACAUCUACCCCCACGAAUCCUCAUCCUAUGGACGAUCACAUGGUGCUUGUCUCUCAGCUGUACCCUGGUGCUUACUCGCAAAUAAUUCCUCAACAAGGUUUCCAUCUUGGGGAGACAAAGCCGAGACGACGUCGUAAGAAGAACAAGGGAGGAGAAAACGGAGACGGGGGAGUUAAGAAGAGGAAGCUGAGUGCAGAGCAGGUGAAUCUUCUAGAGCUAAACUUUGGUAACGAACAUAAAUUAGAGUCUGAACGGAAGGACCGGCUGGCGUCGGAGCUGGGCUUGGAUCCGCGUCAAGUGGCUGUUUGGUUCCAAAACCGAAGGGCGCGUUGGAAGAACAAGAAGUUGGAGGAAGAGUACUCCAGCCUCAAGAAAGUCCACGAGUCCACCAUUCUCGAGAAAUGCCGCCUUGAAACCGAGGUACUGAAGCUAAAGGAGCAGCUUUCAGAAGCAGAGAGAGAUAUUCAACGGCUUCAGGAGCGAGUCGAAAGGGUAUCGAGCAGCAACAGCCCCAGCUCGUCACAGUCGAUGGAAGCUGUGAAUCCACCAUUUCUGGGAGAUCUUAGCGUUGAGGCUUAUGACGAUGGCGUGUUUUACAUGCCACAGACCCAUUACAUCAGUGGCAUGGAUGAGUGGAUGUUCAUGUGAUCGAGUCACCUGAAUUAUUAAAACCACAUUAUAAUUAGUGUUCUGUAGAUAAUGUGAAUGAUCUAAUUAUGUAAAUUAAUGGCUAGCUCCCCCUUAGGGAUAAGUACGUAGCAAUAUGUGGCUAGCUGCUAGCUAGAGUGUGCUUUUGACUAUACAUAAUUUCGAGAAAAAUUAUGUUAUUAAAUUAAUUAAUAAUUAAACUUCCACUUGACCCCUAUAA